AUGGGCGCCGACAUCACCCAUCAAAACACUUUGGCGGAGAAUUUUGAGGUGGAUUAUGUUGUCCUUUACCGCUUCUCCAGCAUUGAUAAAAAUGAGGCGAAGGAGCAGUUCAAGAAGCUCAUCCGGGCUCUCUCGGAUGUGGGGCUGCAGACAGAGGUACGCCCGGGGAUAGACCAGAGCCUUCUUAUCUUUGUAAAGGCGCAGGAGAAAUACUUGGGUAAAGCUCUGUAUCGAUCCAGGGUACGAGACUGGCUGCAUGGUGUGCGCAAUUCACAGCCAGAUCCCGAUGCAAAAGGCUCAUGUGUCCCCGAGACUGAUGCAGAACGAUUCCUCAUAGUCUACAAUAUGAUCACUGCGCCCUCCAACGAGGGUGGUGCAGGAAUCACUCCCAAGCAAGGCGAGUGGGAUAAUGUAGACUCAAUCUUCCCGCUUCACGACAAGCUCCUCAACAGGACCUGGAUAAAAGCCUGGACGAGCAAAACAUUCCUCACCGCGGAUGACCUUGACCAGAUCCGGAACCACCAUGGUGAAAAGAUCGGCUUCUACUUCGCCUUCCUACAGUCGUAUUUCUCAUUUCUCAUCUUCCCCGCAAGCUUUGGUGUUGCGUGUUGGGUCCUACUGGGCAAUUUCUCAAUCGUUUAUGCAAUCGUGAACUGUCUGUCAUGCGUCGUGUUUACUGAAAUGUGGAAGCGGCAGGAAAGCGACUUGCGGAUUCGCUGGCAGGUGAAAAACGUUUCCGAAAUCCACACGAAACGACGGGAGUUUAAGUACCUUUCAAAAUCUAUUGAUCCCGCAACUGGCGAGGAGUCAUUUGUGUUCCCGUCAACCACGCGGUUGGGCAGGCAGCUUUUGCAGGCGCCGUUUGCGAUUGCCGCAGUUCUUGCAUUGGGCACUCUGAUAGCCACUUGUUUUGCGAUUGAGAUCUUCAUUUCCGAGGUCUACACAGGGCCCUUCAAGUCAUACUUGGUGUUCAUUCCCACGAUUUUGCUCUCUCUAUUUGUCCCGACGAUCUCCGCCGUUUUAACCAGUAUCGCCAAACGACUAACCGAUUACGAAAACUAUGAAACGCAGGACAGCUAUGACCUAGCGCUAACUCACAAAAUCUUCGUUCUCAACUUUAUCACAUCCUACCUCCCGGUCCUCCUUACUGCCUUCGUCUACGUGCCAUUCGGCAAGGUAAUAGUGCCGUACCUCGACUUAUUCAAUCUAACCGGGAACCCAUUCGCACAAACUUCGGAGAAAGACCAGCUACAAACGUCCGCAACCCCCUUCCAAAUCAACCCAUCCCGGCUACGCAAGCAGGUUAUUUAUUUCACCGUCACAGCUCAGAUAGUUAACCAGGGCCUCGAGAUCGUCCUUCCGUAUGCCAAACGCAAGCUCACCCGGAAGUACCAAAAAUACACGGAAGAAAAUGCCAAAUCCAAAAAGAACAGUGGCUCGUCCACCCCUGGGCCUGGCACGGCUGCUAUACCAGAAGACGCACCCGGCGAAUCCGACUUCCUCGCCCGGGUCCGCGACGAGGCAAUGCUCACCGAAUACGACGUCACCGCUGACUUCCGCGAAAUGUGCGUUCAAUUCGGCUACCUCUCCCUCUUCUCUGUCGUCUGGCCGCUCGUGCCGCUCUCCUUCCUGAUAAAUAACUGGAUCGAGCUGCGCUCCGACUUCGUCAAGAUCUGUCUCGAGUGCCGGCGGCCCGUCCCCUUGCGGUCCGACAGCAUCGGGUCCUGGGUGCAGUCGAUCGAGUUCCUUGCAUGGCUGGGCAGCAUCACGAACGCGGCUCUGGUGUAUCUGUUCUCCAACGACGGCGUGGGGCCGGACGGCAGUCCCUCGCAGAUCACCGGAUGGGUGUUGCUGCUUGUCAUAUUUUUCGCGGAGCAUAUAUACCUCGUCAUGCGGCUGGUGGUGCAGGUGGGGAUAUCAAAAAUCGAGACACCGGCAACGCGCCAGGAGCGUCUGGCGCGGUAUCUAAUGCGGAAACAGUAUUUCGACGCAACGCUGGCGAGGGAGAGGCGCGAGGAGAACGCACAGGGUUCUCACUGCGGGGGACCAGAGGAAACGAGGAUUACGCGGGAAUCGCUCGAGGAGGAUGCGCGACGGAUGAGCCAGCACGACUCAUCAACGGCAGAUGUGUUCUGGGGCCGACAGCGAGGGGCGUGGGAGGCGAGUGUUGUUGGCGAGGGGAUCAUUGAUGCAGAGUUGAGCACAGCGAAAGAGGAGAAGAAGGCACAAUAG